AACAUCAAACGGGUGAAUGAGUUUUGAGAUGAAAGAUCGACUGCUUUUACUGCAAGUUUGGGAUCACCGCGUAAUUACGAGAAAUAUUCAAAUUUUCUCACUUCUUGGUGUCAGCCAAGUUUGAAAUUUUCCACCGAUUAUAUAUUUUUUGCGAAUUCAUUGUUGGCCAUGACUGAAAGAAGCCGUGUAGACACAGAAAGAGGCUUGGAAGCGGCGUGUAGCAACCUAGUAGACAUCGAACUUUAUGCCCCAAAUGGAGGAGAUAUUCACCGAAGAGCAUCUCAGGAUAUCGCAAACCAGCCUUCUUCAGAAACGCAGAAGGCUCCACGCAUCGCUGAUCCCCCGUCUUCAAAAGAUGUUUAUCACGACAAGUAUGUUGACCAGGCUAAUUUAAACAGAGCAACGCUUUGUAGCAGAGGAAUGGACAAAGGACAUCCAAAACAAUUUACAAGACUCGAGCUUAACGGGUGUCAAGAAGACGACGAACAACAAAAACAUGUUACUGAUAACAAAGAACUUUUGACGAAAACGCCAUCAGAAAGUGAAAAGGAAGAGGGAAAUUACGAAGAGCUUAUCUGCUUAGUUCGACAAUUUUAUGUAGAAAGACCAAUCAACCCAUCCGCUAUUGCUCAUCAAAACAUUGAAACAUGUUAGGAACACUGGAAAGUGUAGAACUGCCUUAAAUGAGAAAACAAAUAGAUGCCACAAACCUGGGCCUCAACUGAUGAACGCUAUUUGAAACCUAUUGUUAUUUGUCUCAAUAUCUAAAUACAUGUGUGUCCACAUCUAUUUAGAGGUCGACGCCUGAUUGGUUAGCUAUACUGACGUCAUCUAAUGUUGUACUUGGCAGCUUUUUCUACAAAUUACCAAUGAGCAAACUACAAAUAGAUUUCAAAUAUUGGGCAAGGAAUGUGUUCUCUUCCUUAUUCUCUCUUAGCUACUACUUUUUAUAGCUGUUGCCUUGUGAACCCGUUCAUUUCUGGAACGGUGAAACUUUGUUUCUCCUGAGUGACCUAAGUUUUACGUGUGUCAAUGAAACCUUAGUUAUUAUUGUACCAUUCAAAUGAAAGUUAUUGCUAAAAAGUUCGCUCCAACCUUAAAUUCCAUACAUGUAUGACCUUUCAAAUGUAAGUUAUUGAGUGGUACUUUCAAGUGGUAUUCUUUAUUAUUGUGUACAAAGUGGCGUAAAGGGAGGUCUGUGCAUAAAACCCAAGUAUGCGGCCGUUUAUAAAUAAAAGCUAUUGUGCGCAAUUUCAUGAGGUACAACUAAAUGUUAAUUGCGGUGUAAUUGCUGAUUCUAACAGUGAUUCUGUGAAUGAAAGCUUACUCAGUGUUCCAUCUCGACCUCUGUGUUUACUUGAACCACAAGUGCAGUUGCACUUGAAUGCAGCCUGUGUGAACAA